AUGGGCGUCGGAAAGGGGAUCAAACGCCAGCGGAAUGGUGUUCAGUUUAAAUUAGAUAUAAAAGUGAAAGAGAAAAUGGAACGAGACAAACUUUUUCUCUGGAAAUCACCUUUACUUACACCGUAUUAUUUCUUCUUGGAGUGUAUAUUCAGAUUUACCCAGCUGCGUUUUACUGUUUUACAAAACAAAACUAGGUGUGUUUUUGCUAUCGGCAUAAUUUUACUACUGGUUUUUCUGGACUGUUUCGAAGGUCCUCAUUCUCAUAGUUUUGACCGCAUAAAAUCUACCUCCUUAUGGUGGUCGUGGUGGGUUUGGCUCGGAUUCCUAUCAUCAUGUGGAUUUGGUACUGGUCUACACACUUUUGUUUUGUAUCUAGGUCCGUUUAUAGCAGAAGUCACCAUGAGCGCAUAUGAAUGUAAAACACUUGAUUUUCCUCGUCCACCUUACCCGGAUAGAAUUGUAUGUCCGGAUAGAAUUGUAUGUCCGGAUAAUCUAAAUCCUUUUGAAAAAAUUACAUUUUGGAAAAUUAUGCGAAAGGUGCAAAUGGAGUCAAUCAUGUGGGGCUUAGGGACUGCGCUUGGCGAAUUGCCUCCUUAUUUCAUGGCUCGAGGUGCUAGGCUUUCCGGAGAAUACAGUGAUGAAUUAUUGGAUUCACAGGAAUCCAUCUCGUCGAAUCAAAAUACUCCUGAUCUUUCAGACCAAACAGUUACUUUUCAAAAGAAAGCUGAACGUUUUCUGCAUCAUCUAAUCAUGAAAGCUGGUUUUGUUGGAAUUUUACUUUGUGCUUCCAUUCCUAACCCGCUGUUCGAUUUAGCUGGAGUAACAUGUGGACACUUUUUGGUGCCAUUUUGGUCUUUCUUUGGAGCAACUUUUAUUGGCAAAGCCCUGAUCAAGGUUCAUUUACAACAGCUAACUGUGAUCGCUUUAAGCUCUGAGCACCAUGUAGAAACAUUAGUUGAGUUAAUCGGUCGUAUUCCAGUGUAUGGUAAACAGUUACAAUCUCCAUUUCUUGAAUAUUUGCACCAACAAAAAGCUAGUCUACACAAUAAAGAAUUUAAUGGACAACAAAGUUGGCUUCAGUUUGUGUUAUUUGUCCUUAUUACUGGACUUAUACUUUCAUUUUUCGUAUCUAUUAUUCAUGCGCUUGCAAGAAGUUAUCAUCGUAGAUUAUGUGAGUGGCGGCGACUUGCAGAAGGAGAAAUACAUAGUAAAGGUGAAUAA